AUGAUUGAUGAAAGAUUGAUUAUUUUUGAAGAUAAAAGAAAGGAAGAGUCGUCAUUACUCAUAGACAAACUAAACACACCAUCAACUUCAACACCUUCAAGAUUGCGAGAAAAUGUUAGGAAAGCUCUUAAAAAUCUUGAAGCAGGUCUGGAAUCAAUGUCUGAGAGCCAACUAGAAGUAGUAGAUAAAGCCCUAAAAUCUUUGGGUCCACAGCUUUCAGCCAUUGAUGUAACAGACAAGUCUUCUUUUGUUUCAGCCCAUUCAGUACCAGGUAACAAAAAAAUUGACCCGCAGAAAAGAACUCUCUUCAAGACAAAGAAAGAUGCAAAAAGAAAAUAUCAGAAAUUAACUCCCAGCUUAGAGGAAAUAGAGAGAACUGCUGCUAAAAUAAUUACAAAAUACAACGACGGGUACUUGGAACAAUUCUAUAGAUUUUUAGAAGAUAUAAUAUUAAAACCAAGACAUUUAAAAGACUACGGCUUUCCAUUACGUUCGUCCACAACUGGACAAACGUAUUAUAACGUUUCACGUUUGGAAAGUUGUACAAAGGAUGAAGAUAAACGGCUAUGCAUUCGUUGUCAAGCGUAUUUUAAUAUAUGGAUGGACGAUCCGGACGACAUUUGCGUUUACCAUCCAAAAAAACUAAUUACUGCCCAUGCAGAAAGUAACCAUAAAAUAUACGCCUGUUGUAAGAAAGAAGAAGCGAGCAUGGGGUGUUUCUUUAAUAAUUAUCACAUAUCCACAUCGAAAUGUAGGCCGUCAGACGUUUUCUUUUCUACAGAAGAAUGCGAUUUCAUAGAAAAAAACAUCGUUGUAUUGGAUACGGAAAUGUGUUACACAAAAUUCGGGAUGGAAAUCAAUAAGAUCAUUCUCUUGUCGUUCGAUGGUUCAUUAAUAUACGAAACGAACGUCUUGCCACAGUCACCUAUACUCGGGCAUAAUAAGAAAUGCUCGGAAAUGAUGGGUAAAUUGUUAGUGCCAUUUACAGAGAUGAGACGGUCUUUGUUAAGUUUUAUCAACAAAGACACAAUAAUAAUAGGACACGGAUUGGAAAACGAUCUGAAAGCUCUUCGUUUGAUACACGAGAAAAUUGUGGACACGUCUAUCAUAUUUCCAGAUAGACGUGGAUUCCCGUAUCGACCAUCUUUAAAAUCUCUAGCAUUAGAAUAUUUGGGUAGAAUCAUUCAGACACCCAACCACGAUAUCGUAGAAGAUUGCAGGGCGUGUCUGGAUCUGGUUCUACUCAAAUGGUACCAAUCAUUUCAAUGA